UUCGGUUCGGUUCGGUUUUGCUUUUGUUAGAUAGACCAUGUGGCAUUUUCCCUUUAGAAAGGGAUUUUCUCUUAUUUCUUUCUGUUUGUGUUAUGGUUUCAACUGCAUGCAUGGAUGGAUGGACGGAUCGAUGGCGAGGGGAAAAAAAAGGUUAUUUAGGGUUGGUUGGUUGGCGUUGUUGGAUUUUGUAUCCUUACGGUACCUUUUAGGGAAGAUGGAAGAGGGAAGAUGUACACUUUACAAUUACCUAGUCUCUUGAUGAACGUACAUAUGGCUUCCACCUUGAGGUCUUGAGGUUAGGUCAUGUUGGUGAUGAUGCCAUAUUAUUCCCUUGGGCUCGCUGGACCCAGGGCAAUGUCGGCAUGCAAUGAUGGAUAAUGACUGGUUGAGGGAAGUUGUGUUCACGGACGAUUGCGCUCACUUAGCUCUGGCAAGAGUAUCUUCCUUGCGCAAUUCACGAACUGGGUGGUGUCGCUGUUGGCGUUAACAUAGAGCGAGGUGUCCAAUGUUGUUGAGUAUCACAAGGCAGGUACGAAAGAUGUUCUUGCC